AGAUGAAAAUCAAGUAGAGGUAAGUUAAGCCCACACAUCUCUUUGAAAGGGCUGCUAUAUAAACGCCCAAGUGGUAAACACGCUUGCACAAGUAAGCAGGAUACUAUCGGUGAGUGAAGAAAAAGAAAUAAACAAUGGCUUCACAGAAGACUGUACUUUUGCUGGUCGUUCUAGUCAGCGCUGCAUUAGCGGCACGUCAAGCGUCUAAUUUGAAAAACGGGAAAGGUCAAGGUAAACAGAAACAAAACCAAAGAGUCGGUGGAUGGACCUCGGCUGAUCAAAAUGAUGAAACCGUUCAACAACUAGCGCAAUUCGCAGCUGGGCAGAUUUGCUCUAUUUUCGUCGUAGAUGCUGUACAAAAAGCUGAAACGCAAGUUGUUGCUGGUAUGAACUAUCGCAUGGAUAUCCUAGUUUCCAAGGCUUGGAAAUGCAAAGUACACGUGUUUGAGCAGAGUUGGACGAAUACGACGAGGUUGACGUCGUUUGCCUGCAAAUCCGUGCCGUAACUUGAUGACGUCGGAUUUUUUUCCUUGUAGUUCGUAUGACUAUAUAUCAAGUAUAUGCCUUUCCUUUUGAUAUCUUUCCUAUAGCCGACGUUAUUUGUUAUAGAUAUGUUCAAUGCCCUAUUGUUUAUAUUUUUUUGUUAAUUUAGCACGUUGGUUUGUCGCUUUUUUAUACCCUUAAAAGUAUUGUUGAUGUUACAUUAAUUUGUGCAUUGGGUUGUUUUAUUUAAUAUCUGAGGUCUUAUAUUCUUACAUAAUUCAAUGGUUUGUUCAUUAACACUAAUAGUUUGUUACUGCAAUAAAAUGUAAACGUCGUAGCCCUCAAUAAUUCAAGUUUUUUGUCUGAAAAUGUUCAUUUAGAAUUACGAUCUGACUAAUUGUUUGAUAAUUAUCAGCCUGAGUCCUUUAUUUUACGUUGUUUUUAAAUAUACAUGUACAAACAUGUUUAAUGCCAGGAAUUAAGAAUAUAAAUCAUCAGACAUUUUAUGAAAUAAAAUAUGAUUAUAUUUUUACGUUUGUCAAUAAACAACUUAUCUUCCGUUCUUUUUCAUAAUUCAAUAUUUUAGGCAUCUGCAUCUUCUGAUUAGUAACUUACCAGACUUUAACGAUUAAGAUGUAUUCAGUGAAAACAUACAUUGUAUUGGAAAUAAUAAAGUAUAUUUACCUCUAA